AUGACUUCCGCUUUACGAUCCAGGGCCUUCGGGCUUAGCCGGAAUAUUUGGGCUACUCCCUCAACACUUAAUGCUACUCGUCAAUGCCGCAGUCCAGCGGCGCGCUCAUACUCGACCUCCGAUCGCCUCCCGAAGAUCGCAGACACCUCAGUAUGGACGGCCAUGAUUCCCAAAUUCAUUCGCAAUAGGGGUGCGCACAAGGACCCAAAGAAGGAAAAGUCAAAAGAAUGGAAUCCGGCUACGUUUUAUAUCAUCAUUUUCACCUUGAUCGGUUCCCAGGCCAUUCGCAUGAUCACUUUGAAGAACAGCUACGCGGCAUAUACCCGGACGACAGAUGCGAAGAUCGAGCUUCUACGGGAAGUCAUUUCCCGAGUCAAAAAUGGGGAGCAGGUCGACGUCGAGAAGCUACUAGGAACGGGUGAUGAGGCGAAGGAGAGAGAGUGGGAUGAAGUUUUGCGUGAGAUUGAAGCCGAAGACUCCUUGUGGCAUCAGAAGAAGACUAGCCAGCGAGAAGCUGAGGAGGCCCAGGCGCCUGUGAAAGAGGAGAAGCAGAAACAACCCACACAGCCUUCUAGCGAGGACAGCGGACCUGUUAAGACCGAGACGACGAAGAAGAUGCGGUUCUACUGA